AUGGUGACGCAGACGUUCUGCAACUUGGCGGCCCGCAACAGCAACAUCAGUCGCGAUGUGGCCGAUCUGACCGUCCAUUACUGCCGUGACGCCCUGGCCAACCUGGAAGAAGUCAGCCAUGGAAACGAGGAACGGCGGCGCCAAGCUGAAACGGCGGCCAGGUUUCGCGAGCAGGUGGACACGAGACUCUCCAACUUGUGGGAGAGUAUCGAAAGGGUGAGUGAUCAGGUUCGCCAGUCGGGAGGGGGGAUGGCGGAGGGCACGUUAAAGGGGGUGGAAGAGAGGUUGAGAGAGGUUCUGAGAGAAGACUCUGAGCGGCGGAACAGGGAUAGACUGCAGGACGAGGAGCGGAGGCAGAAGGCCACGAGGAAGGAAGCAGACGCCGCAGAGAGACGGAAGAAGGAACAACAACAGGAGGAAGAGCGUCGGCAGAAGGAGAUGAGAGAGGGAAUGAAGGAGAUGAAGGAGGCGAUGAUGGAGAUGAAGGCAGAAAUGAAGGAGAUGAAGGAUGGGAUGCGGCGGCAAAAGGAGGAGCAGGGUAGGAAGGCAACGGAGGGAGAUCGGCGACAGAAGGAGGAUGCGCAGAGGAAGGAGGCUGAGGAGGACGAUCGGGAGGAAAGGGAGAAACAACAGGAGAAGGAGCACCAGCAAAAUGAGGAGGCGCAGAGGAAGGAGGCAGAGGAAGCAGAGCGGGUGGAGAGGGAAAAACAGCAGGAGAUGGCGCGCCUGCAGAAGGAGGAGGCGCAGCAGAAAGAUGCAGAGGAGGCCGAGAGGCAGGAGAGGGAGAAACAGCAUGAGAUGGCGCGCUUGCAGAAGGAGGAGAGGCAGAGGAAGGAGGCAGAGGAGGUAGAGCGGCAGCAGAGGGCGAAACAGCACGAAUUGGACCGCCUGCAGAAGGAGGAGGCGCAGAAGAAGGAGGCAGAGGAGGCCGAGCGGCAGCAGCGGGCGAAACAGCAGGAGAUGGAGCGCCUGCAGAAGGAGGAGGCGCAGAAGAAGGAGGCAGAGGAGGCCGAGCGGCGGCAGAGGGCGAAACAGCAGGAGAUGGAGCGCCUGCAGAAGGCGGAGCAGUGCCGAGCAAAGAAGAGGGCCAGACUUGCAUCCUACGCGGAACAGCAGCGGCAACUGGAGGCAAAGGCAAAGGCGAUGGCUGAAGAGACGGAACGAUUGGCAAGGGAGAUGGAAGAGGAGGAUUUGACCAUGCAGGGGGAGGGGACCUGGAAGGGAGUCGAGGAGGAAAUAGCUGAGGGCCUGGGGAGUUUGCUGUUGAUUGAGAGCGGGGAGGCGAAUGUAGCAGAGGGCGUGGCUAUUGUUCCCGGACAGAACGUAGAGGUGUCCAGGAGGCGGCCUAGACAGGAGGACAGGGAGCCGGAGGGUCAUGCAGCUAAGAGACGGCGUGCAGCUGGUAUACAGGAGUUGAUACCGAUAAUCCCAGGGGAAAAGAAAGGGAUGAAGAUCGACAAGUGUGACAACAGGAAAAACGCCGUAGUGGACGACAAGGGUAAGACUUUGGGUGUCUGCCUGCCGUUCAGGGGAAGCGGGUUCUCUCAACGGGGCGAGGGAGCAUUGCAGAAGUGGACGUCUGAGCAGACCGUCGGCGACCGGAAGCGGAACCUCGGCUCUCACAAAACGGUGUGGGAGAGGGCAUACACGGUCGCAGUCUGCUGGAAAUUCUCACUCGUUCAAACCAACACGGCUCUUCGGCAGCAGCAGGGGGAUGGCUUUCAGGUAGCUGCCUGCGCUGGUGUCGGAAUAACUGCGUGGCAGAAGAUGGUGGGAGGCGUGGAGGGUGAAAACGGCUAUUCGACGGAAGAACACGCAGUCGGACUUGCCGCCACAUUGUCUGUAAUGUGGGCCGCAUCCACGAAUGUGGACCAGACCCAGUGGGAGACGAGCGCAACAUCAGCUGCACGUGGAACUUCUACGGCCAUAGCAUCUUCUGCUGCCAGAUCGUCCACUGCUGCCACCGCCUCGUCGGCUGCCUCGUCAUCUUCUGCGGCCGAUGUGACCUCUGCCGUCCUCGAUGCCCUUGCGACGCUUGCAGCCUCAGUUGCUUGCGCUGCGGUUGAGGCGAUGAGGUCGGUCAAGGAUCAGGAGCAUGACAAGGAAGCGUGGAUUCUGCCCCUGUCGGAUGCGCUGCUGAAAGCGCUUUCGGCAGAGUCGCGAGCGGCCGGGGAUACAAAGCGGAUGACAAGGGUGGUGGCAAAGGUGGUGACCUCUUGGUGCCUAUGCAGCAUGGCAUCAAGAGGCCUUCGUCAGCACCAGGGCGUCUGCCUCGGAGUCUUGCAGAAGAAGUUGGGCGGCCAGGAUACCACAACACGAGCAGAUAAGGAGAAGAAAACCAAGAAAUCGUCCGCGAAGGGGAACGCGACGAAGGAUGCGUAG